AUGUCGUCCACAGAUGCAUUCGAAGAGUCCAAAGAUAAAGCACUUGAGGUGAUCGCCACUUACCUCACAGCCGAUGAAAUGGUCGAUUUCGGGGAAUACAACAGCCAAGGCACCCACGACCCCGAAGACCGGGAGAAGCUCAUGGAUCUUACCAACAAGCACCAACAGGCACUAUAUCAAUUGGGUCAGGCAAUGAUUGACUCGGAAGUUGAGGGCGAAGGGGCGCUCGAGGUCUUUACAGAUAUGUUGGCGCUGACCGAGGAGGCUCUGAGGCAGCUCAGGGAGACGGAGUCGCCUCGGGAGUCGGUGGUGGAUAUCCGUGAUCGGGAUUAG